AUGGUCGGCCGCGCACCCGUGCUCCUGCUGGCCGCCGCGGCAAUGGCACUGCUGCUGGCGCCCGGCGCGCAGGCGUCGAUUUUCUGCACCCCUUGCUCCCAAUGCCCCAGCUACGGAGCGCUUUUCUCAGGCUGGUGCUGGCGCACGUGCCAGCCCUCCUGCGGCUACAUCCCAAUCACUCCCAACAACAUCAUAGUCAACGGCGACAGCUGCCGCUAUUCUGGCAAAGCAUACGGCCCGACCGCCGGCGCGUCGGCCUGCCAGACUGCCAAGUCCCGCUGCUCCACGCUCCUGACGUCCGGCCAGACCGCCAACUCCUUCGGCGCCAUCGGGCCCGUCACGCUCUCCCAGUGCUCCAACAUCGCCAUGGGCGCCUGCCAGUCGGCCGCCAACCUCGACUCAUGCGGCGGCGCCGCUGAGUUUGGCUUUGGCUCCUGCUCCGCCGCGACGUUCCGCCAGUACUUUGCGCAGGCGGCGGCGUCCGCGUGCCGCUCCUACGCCACCACCGUCACUGACGUGGCGCCCGGCACCAACCACGCAACCACCGCCAGCGCGCCGGGCGACGAUGGCAGCAGCGACGGCGGCGACGACAGCUCCAGCAGCGAUGGAAGCGGCGGCAAGCGCCGCCUGCUGGGCGCUGGUCGCCGCAUGCUGCGCGCGGUGUGA